AUGCCAAAACCCCAGAAGAGACGGACAAGGACUCUUAGGCCAGAUGAGAAGAGACCAUUAGAAAAAUGUGCCAAAACUGAGAAUCUAGAUGGUGCAUCAGCUAAAACAGAGGACAGCCCUGAGAAGGUAUCAGCUUCUAAUUUUGGAAAGAAUCCAAGCAGCCACUGGCUAAUGAAGUCAGAGCCAGAAAGCAGACUAGAGAAAGGAGUAGAUGUGAAGUUUGGAAUUGAGGAUCUCAAAGAACAGCCCAAUCAGACAACAUGCUGGGAUGGUGUUCGAAACUACCAGGCCCGGAACUUCCUUAGAGCCAUGAAGCUGGAAGAGGAGGCUUUCUUCUACCAUAGCAACUGCAAAGAGCCAGGCAUUGCAGGACUUAUGAAGAUUGUGAAGGAAGCCUACCCAGACCACACACAGUUUGAGAAAAACAAUCCCCAUUAUGAUCCAUCCAGCAAAAAGGAGAACCCUAAAUGGUCUAUGGUCGACGUACAGUUUGUACGAAUGAUGAAGCGUUUUAUUCCCCUGGCUGAGCUCAAAACAUACUACCAAGCUCACAAGACCACUGGUGGCCCUUUAAAAAACAUGGCUCUCUUUACUUCCCAGAGACUCUCAGUUCAGCCCCUGACCCAAGAAGAGUUUGAUUUUAUUUUGGAACUGGAGAAGAAGCAACCAACUUAA